AUGUCCAGUCUCUUAAAGCUAUGGCAUGCCAAACACUACCCUCCACGCGACCCAACAGACGCUUCAUUCGAGGGCAAAACUGUGCUAAUCACCGGCGCCACUGCCGGUCUCGGAUUCCAAGCUUCACUUAAGGUCCUACGCCAGGGAGCCUCCAUGCUAAUUCUUGGCAGUCGGGACCUGGAACGUGGCCGAUCCGCAAAGCACGAGCUCGAGCGGCGUACAGGGCGGACAGGGGUCGUACAGGUAUGGCCACUAGAUAUGAGUUCAUUCCACAGCGUGCAGGAAUUUGCAGCGCGUGUUUAUCGCGAGAUUCCGGAUCAGCGGCUUCAUAUUGCACUCCUCAAUGCGGGUGUUAUGCACCGCGAGCAUGUGUUGUCGUGUGACGGUUGGGAGGAUACGCUACAAGUGAAUACCCUAUCCACUACCCUACUGGCUCUUUUACUGCUUCCCAAGCUCCAAGAGGGUUAUUUGUCACAGGAUCCAACGCAUCUUGUCAUUGUGGCAAGUGGAACAGUGCUGCGCGUCAAGGAAAAGGAUUUUCCUAUGUCUGCGACGACGGGGGCUGGUGGGAUACUCCAAUAUCUCACCAGCCGCACUGUCGGUCCACGGGCUAGGAAGCGGUACGCAAUUUCGAAGCUGUUAAUUGAAUAUGUAGCCAGACGGAUUGCCGAGAUGACUCGAAAUCCAAACGGUAGGCUACAGGUGAUCGUGAACACGGUUAAGCCGGGAUUCUGUAUUUCUUCACUGGGGAGGAAGUACAGUCGAUGGUACGAGCGGUUGGCAGCAGGUCUGUUUACAAAAUUGUUUGCUCGAUCUGCAGAGGCUGGGAGUAGGGUUCUUGUUAGUGCGGCGGUGCAGGGGGUCGAGUCUCAUGGUAGAACUUGGCAGGGGGAUGGGUAUAUGAGCGAAUCGGGCACGCUGCUUACAGGGACAGCUGGUAAAAGGUUGCAGAGUCAGGCUUGGAGUGAAAUUAUAGAGGUGCUCAAGGAGCAUGCUCCUGAAGUAAGCUACUUCAACAAAAUUCAUAGGGAUGAGCAACUAUAG